AUGUGGAUUGCAGGUCUGGACUCUCUCAUGCUUGACUUGUAUGCACUUGCAGGAUUUGAACAAUACUGCUCGGAGAUAUUAUGUGCUCAAACAGCUCCAUUUAAUAUUUCAGCUCCAUCCAUGAGCUACAGUUGCUAUGGUGAUAUAAGUGCUCUUCAAGCCCCCACGAUCUCCUGUACACCUGCAAGAGCCUCUGAUUGUGCAGGAUAUGCCAUGAUACGGAGGACUGCUGAGGCAGACCUCACACGCCUGAGGAGAUACGAGAUCCCAAUUAAGAGAGUAGCCAGAAACCUCUGCUUGGACCCAGCGCUCAUCGGAGGCAUCAUGUCCCAGGAGAGCCGUGUCGGCCUGCUCCUGGACAACGGCUGGGACCAGGGACGCCAGAAGUACGGCCUGAUGCAGAUCAGCAGGCAGCAACUGCAACCUUAUGUGGCGUGGGAUAGUGAAGAACACAUAAAUCAAUGCUCAAAUAUCCUGGUUCUUUCCAUUAAUGAAGUACGGGCAAGACAUCCUACCUGGACCUGGGACCGGCAGCUGAGAGGGGGAAUCUGCACCUACCAUGCAAGAAUGGGCAACCUCCAGGUCUACGAGGAGGACCCAUGCAGCAGCAACUACAACUACGUCAACAGCGUGAUUAGGCGAGCCCAAUACUUUAAGAGAAAUGGGUUCUAGGUCUUAAACCCACCUCUCCAUGGAGCCUCCCUUCUGCAGACUGUCCCAGCAGUGAUUGUAGUACCCAGAGCAGUUCCUCAGGUCUCCUGGCAGGACUGAUGCUGGUGGCAUUGCCAAUGUCACCUUGCUCGCUCCAGCAAACCCCAGCCCCCUGCUCACUGAUGGGCGAGCUCAGCACUGCCUUCCAGGAGACCCCCAGGCAUGAGAUCCCCCCACAAGCUCGAGACCUUUGAGAGGCAGAUGGGGACAGACCAGCAAUGUUUAAUUUUGAGUGGGGAAAGUGACUCUUCCUGUUCAAAGCUGCACCCUGGGGCUGUUUGUGCAGACACGGACACAAACAGCUCUCCCUGGGCACCAGCUGUGCUCUUCUCAUCUGCAUCCACCUUCUUUCCUCUCCAUGGCCAAUGCAGGGGAUGAAUACCCUGUUUUCUUCCCUUGGUGCUGCUGGCUAAGGAGCAAUGAAGAGACUUCUCAGUGAGCCCUUGGUCUCUGCAGUAGUUGAGUGUUCCUGUAGCCAGCCUUGAGGGGGACAAUUCUAAACAUGCUUUGGUUGGUCUCCUGAGUCCACAGCCAUGAUGCAACUGGGGAUGUCAUCAGGGCAUCUAUAUGGAAAAUACUGCAAGUCCCACAGCAGGCAAAACACCUUUCCAUCAGAGAGCAGCCCUUUGGAACAGGAGUCAGCCCCAUACGUACCCAUGCUGGGAGCUGUAUCACAACAAUAGUUUUGGUAAAAAACCCCACAACCUUUCCGCUUUAGCUUUGGCACAUUUAUGCUGAAUUUCCUCCAAAUGUAAAAGCAUUUCAGCAUCUGUCUCUCUGCCAGGAAUCCCAGUUUCUAAUACAAGUGAAUGAGCUCUGGUCUGUUUGAAAGUGGAUGGCUCUCUCAAUGCCAAUUUAUUAAUUAGAGAACAAUAACAAGAAUAAGAUAGAAAUAAAGAUAAAUUUUAAAUC